AUGGCCGAUUUCAAACGUGUCACUGCUCCUACCACUCGCCUGACUACUCAACGUCAAGAUUCAGCUCCAACACGCACAGACAUUCUCAAACGACAGCUGCGUGACUACAAGCCUACCAACAUGGUUUCCCACUCAGUCAACAAGACUGCCCUCCACCCUGGUGGUGUCACUGCCGGCAAGGAAGAGCAUACUGAGAUUGAAGAGACAUUACACGAGCACGCCAACAUCGACUAUGAUAGAGUUGCGAUAGUAGCCAACCCUUCUGUUGCUGCCCUGUAUGAAGAUGCUUUGGUCUACGAAAGCGGUUCUGCAGUUACUUCAAGCGGUGCUUUGACAGCAUACAGCGGCGCAAAGACUGGUCGUUCACCAUCAGACAAACGUAUUGUCAGGGAACCAGAUUCCGAGAAAGAUAUCUGGUGGGGACCUGUCAACAAGGAGAUGAGCCCAGAGGUAUGGAAGAUCAACCGCGAGCGAGCAAUCGACUACCUCAAUACUCGAAACCGCAUCUACGUGGUAGAUGCUUUGCCGGCUGGGACGAGCGAUACCGAAUCAAUGUUCGAGUGUCGGAAAGAGCUUGAGCACUUCCACCCCGACUACGUGAUCUACAAUGCUGGCAGCUUCCCAGCCAAUCGAUACACCACGGGCAUGACCUCAGCAACCAGUGUAUCAAUCAACUUCGCUGAGAAGGAGAUGGUGAUACUAGGGACCGAGUAUGCUGGUGAAAUGAAGAAGGGCGUCUUCACUGUUCUCUUCUACGAGAUGCCUGUCAAGCACAAUGUCCUGACUCUGCACUCGUCCGCAAAUGAGGGCGAAAAGGGCGAUGUUACUGUCUUCUUCGGUCUCUCCGGAACUGGCAAGACCACAUUGUCUGCUGACCCCAAGCGAAAACUCAUUGGUGAUGACGAGCACUGUUGGUCGGACAAGGGUGUCUUCAACAUCGAGGGAGGUUGCUAUGCCAAGUGUAUUGGUCUCAGCGGCGAGAAGGAGCCUGACAUCUACAACGCCAUUCGCUUCGGCUCGGUCCUCGAGAACGUCGUCUUCGACCAAGACACCCGAGAAGUUGACUACGAUGAUUCGACUUUAACAGAAAACACCCGGUGUGCAUACCCCAUUGACUACAUCCCAACAGCGAAGAUUCCUUGCCUGAGCGACAACCACCCGAGCAACAUCAUCCUGCUCACCUGCGACGCACGCGGUGUGCUACCUCCUAUUUCGAAACUCGAUACCAACUCAGUCAUGUACCAGUUCAUUAGCGGCUACACGAGUAAAAUGGCUGGUACGGAAGACGGUGUCACAGAACCUCAAGCAACCUUCUCGUCGUGCUUUGCACAACCCUUCCUGGCACUACACCCCAUGCGCUAUGCCAAAAUGCUUGCCGAGAAGAUCCAGCAACACAAUGCCAAUGCAUGGCUCCUCAACACUGGUUGGGUCGGCGCUGGCGCCGCUACUGGCGGCAAGAGAUGUCCUCUCAAGUAUACUCGCGCAAUCUUGGACGCGAUCCACAGCGGAGAACUUGCAAAGGUCGAGUACGAGACAUAUCCUACUUUCAACCUGCAGACGAGCUGGACGGGCUCGAGUGGCUUCGACGAGGAGGUGACAAAGCUUGCCAAGCUGUUUGUCGAGAACUUCGACAAGUACAAGGGCGAGGCGACAGAAGAGGUCAUCAAGGCUGGACCGACUCCAUAUCGCAGUGCCAACACUGUCGAGGUCAGCGAAAAGCCCGCAGCCAGCAUACCAACUGUGAUUGCGGCGCCAAAGGCGACGAGAAGGAUCAGCAUCAUAGCGCCGCAUGUCGCUAUAGUGCAUGACAACGACUCCCCGAAACCUCUAUCCUACAUCAAGAAUCACCACGAUAACAAGCCCAUUGUCUUUACCGGCAAUGGCCACCACAAGCCUGCUCACAAAUUCAACGAUGCGCACAAUCAGUUGGGCUCGCCGUACAAAAUCCCUUCCAGGGCAAGUUCGGUCAAUCAUCACAGCCUCAGCAAUCUCAACAGCCUCGCUCAGCGAUCACACGAUAGUCUUCCGUUGACCAAAUUCGCUCGACCACAUCACGAGUCGCCGUUGGCCCACCAAUUGACACCGCGACAAAUCAAGAGCGAGCACAACUCGCCAAUGAUGCGCCCGGUCAAUGCGCAGGGCAAUGUGCCUAAUGACCUCUUCCUAUCGCCGUUCGACUCGAAUGCUUAUGGAUAUUCGCCAUUUACUUCGAACCCAGGCAACGUCCAGCAAAACAACACACAGCCUGUGUACAAUUUUGACGGUCAAAGUUACAAUGGAUUUUCGAUGCCAUAUUCACAACCGGAAGAGGUUCAGUCGCAGUCGAAUGUGGACUGGGACGCCUACGACUUCAAUGGACUGAACAAUGAUGGCAACAAUCUGAUGCUCAAUGACCCGACGUUCUUGACAAACUCAGCACUCGCUUCUGAGCAGUUCGGCAACCUCAACCUCGGCAUGACUCCGUCAAGCGGCGAUGCGACAGAUGCUGAAGAAUUCGGGUUUCCCAGACCUGAGCCGCCCCGGUCACAAAGUGGCGACCCAUCGACAUCCGUGAGCAGCCCGGAGAACAGCCAGAUGGAUCGUUACCGAUAUAGUGUUGAGAGCACGCCUCAGACGAGCGCUUUUACCAAUGAAGAUGGUCUGGAGAUUGAUGAUGUCUUGCGACAAGCACAGGAGGAGACCAAGCGUCUCUCGCUGCAGAAUGCCAUACGACAAAGGGCACAUCUACAGGCAGUGCUGAGCCAGAACAGCUCCCAGGAAAGUCUUGUUCCACAAAAUCAGCCGCCGAGUCAGAGCCACACGCCAGUCAAUCAGACGCCAGUGCAGGCAAAUGCGAGUAUGCAUCCAUUCACUGUGCACGAAGCUCAAGAACGAGCGCAUUCUACGGGAGCAACGCCUGUCCCGGACUUGAAACAGGAUGCUUUCGCAGGGAGUCCUUCAGAUCCCUCCUGGUCUGCACCGGUGGACAUUUCGAGUUUGAUGCUGAAUUUGGACGACGCGCAGGAAGAUGAGGACUGGGUCCGAUGA